CUUUUAUAACUAAAAUUUUACGGUUAACUGGAAAAGGAAAUACGGUGGCAUUACAUACUUUAGAAUUAUGUUAUCAAAUAGUUUUUGGAACAAAUAUUAACAAUAUUGAAGAAUUUAAUUCAUUUCAUUAG